AUGCUGGAAACGUGUUCGGCGUUUUCGAAGAAACCAGUGAAUGAACCGAAGAAAGAAGCGGCCAAGCCGGUAGCAGAGAAGCUGAAGAUGCUGCAUACAACAGUGGACAAAAAGUGCGCGAAGUGCUCUAGUGAGCACAAUACGUAUCAGUGCGAAGACUUUAAAAAUAUGAGUGUGAAGGACAGGCGAGAAUUAGUGCAAAAGGCCAAACUCUGUUUUAACUGCCUACGACCCUCACAUUCUGUGAAAUCGUGCUCGUCGAAAACGGUAUGCCGCAAUAGUGAGUGUAAACAGCGCCACCAUACGCUGCUGUGUCCGGUGGCGAAGAAGCCUGAUCAAGUGGUGGCGAAGAAACAGGAAGAAGAUCAGUCGCCGGAAGUACCUGCAAAGGAAAAAGGUGUCGUCGUUGCGUUGACAGCCGGAAUGGAACAAGGCGACAAGAAAUCCAUUUCGUUGCUACCUACGGCGGUAGUGAAAGUGCAGCAGGCGGAUGGUGGAUUCAGUUCGCUUUUGGAUGACUUGGGAGAUCUUGCCGACCCGGAGUUCAACCGACCGAGUGCAAUAGAUAUCAUCCUAGGUGCAGACGUUUUUCUUGCUCUUCUGGAAGGGGGACAAGUCAAGAACGAAAGCGGCCAAACGGUGGCCCAACGGACGAUCUUCGGGUGGAUCGUCGCCGGACAAUACGACGCGUCGGAAGUUAUCCCCAACAACCAUGCCGUCGUCAAUCUGCAUGUUGACAUCGAUCUUAACCGAACCUUGCAGAAGUUUUGGGAGCAGGAGGAGAUUUCCAAAGCAUCACCGCUUACUCCUUCUGAGCAGCAGGUCACUGAACACUUCAGUUCGACUCUGCAACGGGACGAAACAGGACGCUUCAUUGUCAGACUACCCUUUGAUGAUUCGAAGCCAGCGCUCGGCGAUUCCCUCGCUGUUGCCACGAAGCGGAUGCAAUCCAUCGAGCGACGAUUCCAACUGGAUCCCGAGUUCAAACGCCAGUACACUUCUUUCAUGCACGAGUAUCUAGAACUUGGCCACAUGGAAGAAGUUCCGACCGAGCAGAUACCAAAGGAUAGCAACGAGUGCUAUUAUCUGCCACACCAUGCGGUGAUCAAAUCCGAUAGUUUGACCACCAAGCUACGCGUUGUAUUUGACGCUUCUUGUGCGUCAUCAUCAGGGGUCUCACUGAACGACAAGCUGCUAGCUGGACCCAACAACAACGCUGAUCUCUUCGCUGUAGCAUUGCGGUUCCGUUCUCAUCGAGUGGCCUUUUGCGCGGAUGUGGCCAAAAUGUACCGCCAGGUAUUGGUGCACCAGGCGGACCGCGAUUAUCAACGUAUCGUCUUUCGUGAAGAACCAGACCAGCCUCUGAAGCAUAACCGACUCUGUACUGUUACCUACGGUACGAAGACAGCGCCAUAUUUGGCAAUCGAAUCCAUGAGGGAAGCGGCCAAACCAUAUGAAGCAGUUUAUCCUAAAGCGGUUGAAGCAAUCAAGUUCGAUUUCUACGUCGAUGAUUUCUUGUCAGGCGCCGAUGACAAGGAGGAAGCAAGUCAGCUGAAGGAGCAGGUGGCCGAAAUCCUUUCGUCAGCGGGUUUCGAAUUGCGCAAGUGGUCGUCAAACAACGAGAACCUUCUGCCACGUAACGACGAAGACGGAGCUUCACCCGUUCCAGUGAAAAUGUUGAACGACAGCGAAACAGUAAAAGCCCUCGGUAUCAACUGGUACCAAUCCGACGAUGAAUACGGGUUCAAGGUCAACUUUUCUCCGUCCAGCAUUAAUACGAAGCGCCAGAUAAUUUCGGACUCAGCAAGGCUCUUUGACCCGUUCGGCUGGCUGGCUCCAGUAACAGCCAAGAUCAAGAUUCUCUAUCAACACUUGUGGCUCUUCGAUGUUGGUUGGGACGAUCCUCUGCCAGCCAUCGUCGAAGGUGAAUGGCAAGCAGUGAAGCAAAGCUUGUCUCAACUUGAAGCUAUUAGAAUUCCACGAUGUAUCUUCCCUUGUCGUGGUCAGAUUCAACUUCAUGGUUUCUGCGACGCCUCCGAGCAGGCUUACGGAGCGGUGGUCCACGCUAGGUCAACCGAUGACAAGGGCAACGUGUCGGUGGUUCUGGUUGCCGCCAAAUCACGGGUAGCACCGAUCAAGCAAAUUUCGCUGCCCCGCCUGGAGCUCAACGGUGCACAUCUGCUCACGGAUCUGAUGCGCCAAAUCACUGAAGCUCUACCACGCGUAGAAGUCGACCAUUGGGCGUGGACUGACUCGAGCAUUGUCCUCCAUUGGUUGGCAUCCCAUCCUCGUAAAUGGAAAACUUUCGUGGCCAAUAGAACUGCUGCCAUACUGGAAUACUUGCCACGAAGCUGCUGGCGCCACGUUUCUAGCAAGGAAAACCCCGCUAAUUUGGCAUCACGCGGUCUAACGCCGACCGAGUUGGUUGGCAAUCGGCUGUGGUUCCAAGGUGCACCGUGGUUGAAGAACGACGAAUCGGAAUGGAAUCAGGAUCCGCCCUUCGAGGCGGUCGAUGAAGAUGCAAUGGAAGUCAAACGUGUCAAGUCUCUACAUACCACAACGACAAGGGCAGCAACUAGCUUCGAGAUUGAGAAGCAACUGAUCACCAAAUGUUCCAGCUUCUUCGUCCUGGUUCGCUUGUUGGCUUGUGUGCAACGUGCCAUCCACAACUUCAAAUCCUAUGUACGCAAUCAAGCCAUCGACGAUCGACGUACUGGUGAAGCUACACCGGAUGAACUGCAUCGAGCCAAGAUUCAACUUCUGCAAGCAGCACAGCACGUCGAGUAUGGUCAAGAGGUAGAACUUCUACGGAAGGGUAAGUCUUUGCAAUCCAAACACAUUCUUUCUCCGUUGCAUCCCUUUCUGGACGUUGAUGGCACUAUGCGUAUGGGCGGCCGUCUGCAAAACUCGGCCCAGCCAUACGAUAUGAUGCACCCCAUCAUUUUGCCACCAAGGCAUCGAGUUACGGAGCUACUAGUGCGUGAUCUACACCUGCGAGACCUACAUGCUGGGUCGGCUCUUCUGACAUCAACAGUAUUGGAUAAUUGGCUGCCAAACGGUCGUUCGGAAGGUAGUACAAGGCUGCACACGAUGCGUACGUCUCAAGGUAAAAACGGCUGGUCAGCUGAUGGGCAACCUACCGCCGGCUAG